AUGGUAGUAACAUUAUAUUCAACCUUACAGCGUCUUCAAUUGUCGAAAUUUCAUGGACGAUCACUCAGUAAUGACAAUAUCUAUAAAGGGGUCGCAUUACGACCAAACAGUUUCAACAAUAUUAAAUAUCUAUCUAUCUAUCUAUCUAUCUAUCUAUCUAUCUAUCUAUCUGUUGUCUUCUUCCUCUUACCCAAACCGUGCCAACGUCCAGAAGGGACACGGCAUAUUAGAAGAUGUUCUUCCGACCUAACUUUUUCUUCUAUUAAAUUCCUCUUCUCAAUGGACUCUUUCUCCCCCUCCUCCUCCUCCUCCUCCUCUUCCUUCUUCUUCUUCUUCUUCUUCUUCUUCUUCUUCUUCUUCUUCUUCUUCUUCCCUUUUUUCUCAGGAUUUAACUUACUCUCUUCCUUCCUAUCAACACAAAUUUUCAUUCUCUUUGUCUUUUCUUCCCCCGGAGAAAUGCUUCUUAAAUUUCAUUCGUUCUUUUCUUAUCCUCGCCUACCUACCCUCUUUUUCACAUGGAAAUUCCAAAGUUUUAGGUUGCCUUUCUUUUCUGUGAACGUUUUUAUUAACCUUCGUCUCUUCACACAAUUUCAAUUUGUGCCUGCAUAUCUAUCUAUCUAUCUAUCUAUCUAUCUAUCUAUCUAUUUCAGUUUUCUGUUAAUAUCUAUCUAUCUAUCUAUUUCAGUCUGUUCAUUUUUUUAUUCUAUCUAUCUAUCUAUCUAUCUAUCUAUCUAUCUAUCUAUCUAUCUAUCUAUCUAUUUCACACUUAAUUUAUUUCAUUCUGCCUGCCUGCCUAUCUAUCUAUCUAUCUAUCUAUCUAUCUAUCUAUCUAUCUAUCUAUCUAUCUAUGGUUUAAGUCGGUUAAUAUCUAUCUGGGUGUAUACAUAUCUAUCUAUCUAUCUAUCUAUCUAUCUAUCUAGACACACACACCCAUAUAUAUAUACUUUCUGUUCAUAUCUGUCUAUUUAUCUACCUUUAUAUCAAAAUAUGUAUUUAUAUCGCAUUUUGUUCCUAUCUAUCUAUCUAUCUAUCUAUCUAUCUAUCUAUCUAUCUAUCAUUUUCAAUUUGUCCAUAUCUAUCUAUCUAUCUAUCUAUCUAUCUAUCUAUCUAUCUAUCUAUCUAUCAUUUUCAAUUUGUCCAUAUCUAUCUAUCUAUCUAUUAGAGAAUUCGCCAGCUGGCUGCGAUGAACUUGUGCGAUAA